UCCACCUACUCAUGCACCCAUCCUUCCACCCACUCCAUCUACCCAUUCACCCAUCCAUCCAUCUGCCUACCCAUUCAUCCACUCAUCCAUCCACUCACCCACUCUUCCAUCCACUUACCCAUCCACCUACUCAUGCACCCAUCCUUCCACCUACCCCAUCUGCCCAUUCACCCAUCCAACCAUCCACCCAUCCAUCUGCCUACCCAUCCAUCCACUCAUCCAUCCACUCACCCACCCUUCCAUCCACUUACCCAUCCAUCCACUCAUGCACCCAUCCUUCCACCCAACACAUCUACCCAUUCACUCAUCCAUCCAUCCAUCCAUCCAUUCAUAUGUCUACCCAUCCAUCCACUCACCCACCCAUCCAUCCACUCAUGCACUCAUCCUUCCACCCACCCAUCCAUCUACCCAUUCACUCACCUACCCAUCCACUUACUCAUAUGUCCACCCACAUACCCAUCCAUCCACUCAUACCCUCAUCUACCUAUCCAUCCAUCCACAUUCCUACCCAUCCAUCUACUCAUCCAUCCACUCACCCAUCCAUCCACUCACCCAUCCAUCCACUCACUCAUCCAUCUACUCACUCAUCUAUCCACUUAUCCAUCCAUCCAUCCACCCAUCCAUCCAUUCACUCAUCCACCCACCUACCCAUCCAUCUACCCAUUCACUCAUCUAUUCAUCCAACCAUACAUAUAUCUACUCAUAUAUCCAUUCACCCAUCCAUUCACAUAUCCAUUCACCCACCCAUCCAACCACCCACCCAUCUACCAUCCAUUUAUUCAUCCACUAUUCAUUCAUUCACUCAUCCAUCCAUGCAUCCAACCUUCCAUCCAUCUAUAUAUUCAUCCAUCCAUCCAUCCAUCCAUCUACCCACUCACCCAUCCACCAUCCAUUCAUUCAUCCACAAAGAAACCCCAUUGAGAGGGGGUGAGAAGGCCCAAAACAGGGGCAGGAUUUGGAGGUCAGUACUACAAAGACUGAAAUGUGAGGCACCUACAAGUCUGGGCUUGGGUAUCAGAUAAUCCUGGAUCAAAAUCCUGGCUCCCUUGUCACUAUCUUUGGGCAAAUUACUUAACCUUUCUCAAUUUCAGUUUAAUCACCUAUAAAAUGAGGCAAUAAUAACUUUCUCAUUGGGUGACCAUAAGAAACAGAUGAGACCAUGUAUCCAGAAUGCUUGCUUUAGUGGCAGGUACAUAGUUAGCAUUUGAUAUACAGUGGUGGCCAUUAUCCGCAUCAUCAUCAUCAUCAGAAUUGGCCACCCUCCACACCAACAUCAGAGUAUGCAUUAAUGGGGCUCUCUAUUCUUUCCUACUUCAUGCCCUUUGCCAAGCAAUUUUGCAGUUUUUCCUGCAAAAGAGGUGGAGCCUCCCUCCCUACCCUCUAUGAAUCUGGGCCUGCCAUGGGACUUGUUCAGAAUGAGGUGGAAGAGAUGGUGGGCCAUUUCCAAGCCUAGGCCAGAAGAAGCCUUGUAUGUUUCCACUUGUUCUGUCAUUGCCAUGGUUGGCUCCCAAGUCCCAGGACGGGGAUGAAAGAUGCAUAGAGCACAGCUGCCCCAGCUAGACCAAGCCAGGAGCAGGGCCACUGAAUCAACCCACAGACCCAUAAGGGAGACCAGCCAGGAUCAGCCAACUCCCAACGACACAGACUUGUGAACCAUAAACAGAAAUGAUUUUUUUUUUUUUUUUGAGAUGGAACAGAGUUUCACUCUUGUUGCCCAGGCUGGAGUGCAAUGGUGCAAUCUCGGCUCACUGCAAC